AUAAAUAUAGUAACGCAUUCAAAAUUAUUCCUUGCACAUACCGUGAUAUUUGAACAAACAAUCAAAAAUUUUAAAUUUAUUACUCAACACAAAUUAAAUGGAGGACACUGAUCAGUUUAGAGAAAACACUGCUCCUAGCGCUCCUGUCGCUCCCGGCACUUCUGGUAGACAACUUGUUAAAUUUACACCACAGAUAUAUAAAUUUCGAGUAUCUCCGAUAAGAGGUAACAUCAAGCAAUAUGCGCUGCAAAUGCCGUUCUCUACUCUAUUCGACAAUUUGAUUGCAGUGUUGUGGUCUCUAUACAACAAAGAAACAAAAAUUAAAAAUGGCAUAAACCAAAUGGAAUGGGCGUUAGAGUUUUUGAAAUGUUUGAAAGUAGAUUAUAAUUAUCCAGAAAGUAUUGGCAAAAUUGUUAAAACGAUAGAAAAAGUUAUGAUAGAACUUUACUCAAAAAUUAGCGAAAUACAGCAUAAAGAAAAGGAACUUAUUGUUGAAAAUAAAGAUUCAACAGGCAAUUCAAAAAUAUUAGAUGAAUAUGCCUUAUAUUUUAACGAAGACGAUAUUGUGAAAAAACUAAAAACAAUUACCAUAAAAAUGGACCGGGUGACUGGAGAACCGAGAUACAUAAAAGAAUUGAAUGCAUUGUGUAAAAGAAAACCUAAAAUUGAAGAUUGUAAAAAAGACCACAAAUCUCCACAAACUUUAGUGAUUGGAGCGUUGAAAAAAAUAUUGAAGAAAUCCACAGAGGCGGAAACUAUAACCGAAGUUGAAGAGUUAUUAAAAGAAUUAAACGUUCAGAAUACGACUGCAGGAGCAACAAAGUCUGUUAAUAAGGAAUAAUUUAAUUAAUUUGAUUUUAAAAUACAAUAUAAAAACAAAUUAUACACAUAUUA